GUUGGCAACGCUGGCUGUAAGCUGUAACCACAAAAACUUAAGCCUAACCUACAACGGUGCUAAAACGUUUGGAUGUUUGGAAAGUAUGGAAAAUAUACUAUUUUUACGAAUUCUGCUGUACUGACUAUUUUUUAAAUUUUCUCAAAAUGUCUGGGUUUAGUGGGGCGCUGCAGUUAACAAACUUGGACGAUUUCAUAACACCCUCUCAAGAAUGCAUCAAACCAGUGCAGGUUGAAAAAAAGAACACUUCUACUGGGUCUAAAAUAAAAAUACAAAAAGAAGGCUACUUUGAGGUAGACGAUCAAGGUGUCAGCUCAAAGUUAGAGAAGGUAACACACCAAAAUGUAUACCAUACACAACUGACAUUGAAAGUGUAAACGGCAACACUGGGUCUGCGCUGACCUCCUGGUCUCGAGACUGGGCCUCUGACUUGAUUCUCCAUCUGAUUAAAGGCCAUAUCGUCAGUCGUUCCUACAUUGUAGGUCGCCUUUGUGUCAACGUCAGCGAUCUCCUAUUGUGAAGUUAUGUUUUCUUUUUGAAAUGUAGGAAAUUAAGGCUGAUAGAACUUGAUUUAAAUCAAAAUCAUGAACAAAAUAUCGCAAAUAGAUACUUGUGAUAUAACCUGAAAAUGGCAAAGUAGAAAACUAUGAAAAUCCAGGAGGCCAUAAAGGCAUCCUACAAUUGUAGAAACAACUGAUGAUACAGCCCUAAAUCACCCACAGCUGGGUGGUGGGCCACCACAUGUCUGAUGUUGCCAUAACAUCCAUUUACAUCUCCUAAUAAUCCUUAUAAUUAUUCAUAUGACAACAGUAUUCUGUAAGUUGGGACUUUCCUUUUCAGAAGCAUCGAUACUUGUUAUGCAUGCCGAUUUCAAACUGCAAAAUUCACUGUGAAGUCACCAUUUGAUCCAAAAAGUUUAUGCUCCAUGAUCCUGUAAAUGUAUUUUGUACAACAUAAAUAAGCCUACACAGCAUCCUAUUGAGAAUGUCCUGGUAAAAAAACCUGAGUAUGCAAAGCACCAUUGCUAUAGGAAUGUGCCAAUCUUGUUUCAAAUCUGAAUAAUAAACGAACAGCUUGGUUUACCUACAUGGCGCAUGUCACCUAGGUUUGAUACAUACCUACUCCUUUUGUUUGCUUUUCUCUAAACCUAUUAUCUUAAGACUGGUUCAUGUGUUACUAGGAACAUUUGCAAAUUUAACUAUAUACCAUAUAAAGAAUAGUAGGAAAAACAUAGGUGAUACUGACACCUAUGAGUAGUAGCAUGGUGAGUGCUUGCAAUUAAUACUUGCUUGAGUAACAUUGAGAUGAAAAUGUAGUUCACAACCUUGUUUGGCUUCUUAUAAGCAGACUCUGUUGUUUAGAGAUACUGUGAAACUAUGGUUUUCAACUGGCAUAGAUAUGGUUAGUAGUACUAUGAUUGGCAAAACUACUCAUAUGUGGCAAUGCCACCUGUGUUUUACGCACAUCACAAUAUUGAGCUUUUUUAGACCCAUAUUUGCUUGUUUGCUUUCAGCCACCUGUCACCAAAUAACUCAGUCUUUAUUGUUUCAAUGACUGCUAAUAAGCAUGAAACAACAAUCUAUAUGGUUGAUUUUGGUCACAGAAACAGAAAGCAAACAGAUCCUAUUCAGUCUAAAGAAAAGUCCCAACUUUAAGAGCAUCUUAUGUAAUACAAAUUGUGACAAUAUUUUGAAUGUACAUAAAGUUUGAAAAGCAAGAAUAAAACAUGUUGCAAGCUCCAACAGAACGUCUCAUCAGCUCACCUUUUGAGCCUUGGCCUCAGUUCACCAAUUUGGGCUCUAUCUUGAAUCCCUGUACAGGGUCAUAGCAGGAUCUCUUCCUUAUUUUGUCUUGAUAAUAUUGGAUAAACAUGGCUUUCUAUAGUCUAAUUAGUCAGUAGUGAAUAAGUAAAAACUGUAUUCUGUAGGUGGACAUUACUCUAGCAGACUGUUUAGCCUGCUCUGGCUGCAUCACCUCAGCAGAAGGAGUAUUGAUCAGCGAACAAAGCCAACAGGAAUUGUUAAAGGUAUUUGAAGAGAACCAGACACUGAAAGCAAAUGGCAAUAUUGAGCAGGCCAAAUGGAUUGUAGUCUCUCUAUCAGUACAACCAGUACUCUCAUUGGCAGCACAUUUCCAACUGUCACCUGAUGAGUGCUUCUCCAAAUUGACUGGAUAUUUGCAGAAACUUGGUGCCGAUGCAGUUGUGGAUAUGACAGUUGCUGAAGAUUUUGCUCUGCUAGAAGCACAAAGAGAAUUUGUGCAAAGAUACAGACUAAAUGCACAGAAACAAAACGUACUUCCUAUGUUAGCAUCAAGCUGUCCAGGCUGGGUAUGUUAUGCUGAGAAAACCCAUGGGAACUUCAUCCUGCCAUACAUAUCCACAACCAAGUCGCCACAACAGAUCAUGGGGUCUAUCAUCAAGCAGUGGGUUGGCAAAACAUUAGGGACGCCGCAGCACCGUCCUAUCUACCACGUGACCGUGAUGCCUUGUUACGACAAAAAAUUAGAAGCGAGCAGGAAGGAGUUUUUUGAUGCGCAGACGGAGUCUCGUGACGUGGAUUGCGUCAUCACGGCCAUCGAAUUACAGCAAAUGUUGCAAGGUGAAGGGCUGUCUUUGGUUGAUGCGCCGGAGGGACGAUUGACGCAACCGUGGAUCCCCGAGGAUGGCCAAGGGGGAGCGGGAGACGGUGAGGUGCGUCUGCGUAGGCAUGUGGGUUCUGGAUCAGGUGGUUACGCGGACCACAUAUUCAAAUAUGCGACCAAAGAAUUAUUCGGGGAAGACGUGUCUCUACCAUUGGAAUAUAAACAACUUCGGAAUCCUGAUUUCAAAGAAGCUACUUUGGAGAAGGAUGGCAAGGUUUUGUUAAAGUUUGCUAUCGUCAACGGAUUCAGGUAGGGUGAUUGAGCACCCUUAUCAUUUAUAGAGCAAAAAACCCCGAAAGCUUCUAUAAAUAUGAGUAUUAAAGUUGACAUUAUGACACUUUAAGAAAUAGAACUAAAGAGGGAAAUUGAGUAAUCAAUAUAGUUGUUAAACGCUUAGGAACAUCCAGAACUUGGUGCAGAAGCUGAAGAAGGGCAAAUCUGCAUACCACUACGUAGAAGUAAUGGCGUGUCCUUCAGGCUGCUUGAACGGGGGAGCCCAAGUGCGACCUAGCAUAGGGAACAGCGUGAGGGAGUUGGUGCUAAGGCUGGAGGGCAUGUACGAAUCGUUGCAACUGGUAACACCAGAGGAGAAUAAGACGGUUGAGGAGUUAUACCACAGAUGGCUGGGAGGGAGGGAAAUGGACAAGGCGGAACACAUGUUGCAUACUACGUACACGGCUGUACAGAAGAUGACUAAUGCGCUCAAUAUUAAGUGGUGAAAGUACAAACUUGUUUAGAAUCUUUGAAGGCGCUUUGGGGCGACAUGUAGGUGGAAGCAGAGGGUAAAAAGCUGUGUGAUUCAUGAGAUUAAGCUUCCGGAAGUAACACUUGAUUUGAGCAUAAACGCCUUUUCUUUUUCACUUUUUCUAUGUAAGGCUCUUUUCUGUGCGGGUGAAUGGAUAUAUUAUCAUUUUAUUUUGAAUGCUUUUUUAAAAAAUUCUCCCACCAUGGCAAGAAGAUUUACAAUAGAGAUGUCAACUUAGAAUUUUUUAAGUUUUAAAUGAUUUUGUGGGUGUAAAUCGUUAUAAAGAGCGAG